GCAGUGGGGCCGCGACUCUGGGCCUGACUCGUGCGCUUUGCCCUAGCAGGCGAUCGCCGUGUGAGCGCUCAUGACCUACCAGCGGGACGACUUCCUGAAGGAGUACAUCAGGAUGAUGACCAACAUGGUCAUCCUGAGCCUGCUCAUCUGCAUCUCCCUGGCUUUCUGGAUCAUCUCCAUCACGGCCAGCACCUACUACGGUACUUUACGGCCCAUUUCUCCCUGGCGUUGGCUUUUUUCAAUUGUGUUUCCACUACUGAUUUCUUCACAAGGUUAUAAAAAAAAGAGUCUUGAUCACAGCGGAGCUCUGGGAGGAUUAGUGGUUGGGUUUAUCCUAACAGUUGCAAAUUUCAGCUUCUUCGCUUCCUUGCUCGCGUUUUUUGUUACUUCUUCAAAACUUACUAAAUGGAGAAAAGAUGCAAAGAAGCAAAUAGAUUCAGAAUACAAGGAAGGUGGGCAGAGGAAUUGGGUGCAAGUGUUCUGUAAUGGUGGUGUGCCUACAGAGCUGGCACUGCUGUAUAUGAUAGAGAAUGGACCAGGUGAAAUUCCAAUAGAUUUUUCCAAGCAUUAUACAGCAUCGUGGAUGUGUCUUUCCCUUUUGGGUGCUUUGGCAUGCUGUGCUGGUGAUACGUGGGCUUCAGAAAUUGGCACUGUCCUGAGUAAAAGUGAACCAAGAUUAAUAACAACAUGGGAAAAGGUACCAAUAGGUACCAAUGGAGGAAUUACUGUAAUUGGCCUUAUUUCAAGUUUGCUUGGUGGAACAGUAGUAGGAGUGGCUUACUUCAUUACACAACAGAUUUUUGUGAGUGAUCUGGAUAUAUCUGCUCCACAGUGGCCGAUCAUUAUGUUUGGAGCAGCAGCUGGUUUACUGGGUUCAAUCAUUGAUUCAUAUUUAGGAGCUACAAUGCAGUAUAGUGGUUUUGACAAGCGUAUUGGCAUGGUUGUCAACCACCAAACAAAAGACUCAAAGCACAUAUCUGGAAAACCUAUACUAGACAACAACGCAGUGAACCUCUUUUCUUCCGUAGUCAUUGCUUUGUUGCUACCUGGUAUAGCAUGGGGUUUUUGGCCAAGAGGAUGAAACAUCAUAAUUUUUUUAUAUGUGGUUCAAAUCUUACUCAGAAAUUUCUCCACAGAGCACUAUUUUUGCCUUACUGAGGGAAGGGGUCUGUAACCUUUACAGAGCCAUAAGGGCUUAACUUCCUUAAGCUGUAAGCUUCAUGUAACAGCCACCAUCUUUCUGGGCAGAGGUGAUGGCCUUUUAAUAACCAGUCAGUACAGCUUCUUAACUGAACAUAGAUCACUACUGUGUGACAUGAAGUACUUCAUCAGUCACACUUCUGAUGAUGAAUACUUGGCCUGCAAAUCAGUUCCAGUACCCAGAAGCUGGGAAAGGGAGAGACUGGAUAAUGGACCAUUGCCACUGUUUACCAAGCUAGACCGAAUGCUACAUAACUUCUUAAAAGUUCGUAAUAGUACAGAUGAAAUCACUGAAUUUAGGUUUAGUACAUAUUUUCCAUCACCUGCUAAGUUUUAUAGAAACAAGCUAAUGUACCUUAAUUGUAUUUUAAUAAGCAGCAUUGCCCAUUCCAUGUUUUGAUACUUUUACCAAUAAGAUGAACACCCUUGUGCUUGCUUUUUUUCUUGACAGCCUAUUUGACUUGUAUUAAAUGGGGUUAUAAAGCUUACGUUAGCAGUACCAUGAGGUACUUCUUACCAAAUUAAAUUACUGAUAUUUAAUUUAGAGUACAAUUUGAAUUAAAACUCAUGUGUUUAGAAAAGUUGAAUAUUGCUACUGAAAUUCUAAAAUUAUACAUUAGAAUUAUACUCGGUUUUUCACCACUGAUACUCUUGAUACUCUUCAUGUCUGUUCUGAGUAGUGCAAUUUUUGUUGCUGUUGUUGGGUCCCCAGUAAUGCAACAUAUCUGUUUAGUGCUAAAUAAACUUCACACUGGAAAUGGAAAGGUGUGAAGACCUUUACCUUUACCAGCUUUCACUUCUGUCUUCCAGUGGCAGGCUAAAGAGAUUUUCAGUUGAUAUGGUAAAGGAUCUGAUUCUGUAACUGGGUUGUGUGCAUUGCCCACUCCAUCCCUUUGCAGGAUCUGACCCAUAAGACCUUACCAGCUAUUUUUCUGGUUUGAGUGAGAUUACCUGUUCCAGCGAUAAUUCCCAGUUUGAAAGUGUAGCGGAUCUCAAACUGGUAGCAUCAUUUAAAGCAAAAUUAAAUAAAUGUUAUCACUUCAUGUCAAUGUUUCUGUUGAAAGGCACUGAAACAUAAAAAGCAUGAAUGCUCUUAUUGCUUAGCUGUAUUUUUACUGUAAAUAAACAGGUUUUUCUUCAUGCAUAGUUGGAAUUUUCUACUGCAUCUAAAUAGAGUCACAUUUUUUUCUCUUGUUAAGUGGUGUUAAGCAUCAGAGGAGGACUUGGGGUGGUGGCGAUGUUCUGAGAUGACUUACUUUCAGCUUAAAUGUUUUAUUGUCUGGUGUGUUGUUUCAGGGAUCAAAGGUUUAUUUUCAAACCCUUAAGUAAGUGUUUAACCAAGUUUUCACUGAUAUCUGAUAUGGGCAUGUGUGGUGUUUUAGUUAACACUGGAAACACAACCAUAAUAUUAAAAUAAGCUUUCCAGAA